CCAAACUUUAUGUUCAACUUCUCCCAACCUCAAAAAUAUUUGUAUUUUGAAUUCACGAAGAGACUUGUUAAAAGUGAUAAAUUGUUAUAUUAUGUAUUAUUGAUGGAACUUGACCAUAAUGUCAGAAAAUAAAGCUUUUGCCCCAUGUAGGGCACUUGGAUUUGUUAGUAAUCACGUACCGUUGCAAGUGAGAUACAUCAAAAGCAGACAGGAGAAUUUGAUAGUAACAUGUGUUGGGAAAUCAUUUCAUACUUAUGGAAUUUCACAUUUUAGUUUACUUAGUGUCAGUGGUUUGCAUCCUUCUAACAUUGAAUGUAUGGCAGCAGAUUCAUAUCAUGUAUAUACCGGUGCAGGACCUAACAUUUACGCUUGGAGAAGAGGAACGGAACUGAAGCAUACAUAUAAAGGACAUGAGCAUAACGUGAAACACUUACUGCCAUUUGGAGUUCAUUUGAUUUCCGUGGACGAAGAAAAUAAUCUGAAGAUAUGGGACAUAAAAGAUGAAAGUCUAUAUUCAGAGUUGACUUUUAGAAAGGCCGAUUUCCUUAUAACUUCAGUUUUUCAUCCUCUUACUUACAUAAACAAGAUUUUAUUGGGAAGCGAUCAAGGACACUUGCAGUUAUGGAACAUAAGGGAAAUGAAACUCAUUUACGCGUUCAAAGGGUGGCAGAGUGCAGUAACUUGCAUAGCUCAAUCAACAGCAGUAGACGUUGUUGCCAUCGGCUUGAGGAAUGGAGAUAUCGUCAUACACGAUCUCAAAAUGGACGAAAGCAUCAUGAAACUCACUCAGGAAUGGGGUACGGUGACGUCGAUUUCUUUCAGAUGGGACGAUAGGCCCAUCAUGACUUCGGGGAGUGAAACGGGACAUAUCGUGAUGUGGGACUUGGAAAAGAGAAGGGUUGCAAGUCAGGUUAUCCGAGCUCACGAAGGGCCCGUCACCGGUAUGGUUUGUUUACCUAGUGAACCUCUCAUGUUGACUUCAUCGCCCGAUAAUAGGCUGAAGUUGUGGAUUUUCGAUAUGCCGGACGGUGGAGCCAGGUUGCUCAGAAUCAGGGAAGGUCAUUCGGCCCCACCGUCAUACAUACGAUUCCACGAUCCGAUCGGGCACAAUAUAUUGAGCGCAGCGGGCGAUUCAACUCUGAGAAUAUUCAAUACCAGAACGGAACAGUUCAACAAGAGUUUGGGAAAAGCGUCGCACAACAGGAAGGCCAGCAAGAAGAGAAAAGGAAUCGUCGAAGACUCUCAUAUAAUGCCCCCCAUUGUACAAUUCACGUCAGAAACGGCCAGGGAAAAAGACUGGGACAACAUCGCUUCGAUACAUUUGGGUUUGCCGCUGGUUACCACUUGGUCGUAUAGCAAACUCAAAAUGGGGGAUUUUAAACUGCUCCCAGAAAGACUCCACAAGAAAAAUCUUAGAGGAAGCCCCGACAGCGUUGCCACUUGCUUGUGCAUGACGAGGUGUGGGAAUUUCGUGAUUAUUGGUUACAGUACCGGACACGUGGAUAGGUUCAACAUACAGUCUGGGAUUUGGAAGGAAAAUUACGGGUCGGAAUAUGCUCACGACAGUCCGGUUAGGGGCGUUGCAGUGGAUCAAUUGAAUCAAGUGACCGUUACGGGGUCUACAAAAGGAGAACUCACGUUUUGGAGGUUCAAGUGUAACGGUUCAAAGCCGUUGCAGAAUUUACAUUUGGAGGAAUCUAUCAAUUUCUUCAGGAUGAACCACGAGAACUCGCUGUUGGCGAUUGCAAUGGAAGAUUUCACCAUAAAUAUUGUAGAUAUCGAUGUUAAACGUCUGAUAAGGAGGCUGGAAGGACACACUGGUCAAGUUACGGAUUUAACUUUCAGUCCCGACUCGAGAUGGUUAAUCAGCUCUUCCAUGGACUCCUCCGUGAAAAUCUGGGAUAUACCUUCAUCGACCUUGAUCGAUCAAUUCGCGACUCACUCCCCCUGUACAUCCCUAGACAUGUCACCAACCGGCGAAACGUUGGCCACGAGCCACGUCGAUUACUUGGGAAUAUUCUUGUGGUCCAACAGAACCCUCUUCAGCAAAGUCACGUUGAGGGCUAUCGAUCCAAGACAAGAAGCGAAAUUAGUGUCUCUUCCGGAGUGUUCCCAAGCGGCUAGUCAAGAGGAAGAGGACGUCCAGACUGAGGAAGACGACGAAUAUAAGUCACCGGAACAGAUAUGCGAAGAAUUGAUCACUUUGUCCGGCUUGGCGACAUCGAGAUGGUUGAAUCUGCUGGAUCUCGAACAAAUAAAACAGAGGAACAAGUUGAAACUGCCGAAGAAACCGGUCAAAGCCCCGUUUUUCCUGCCAACAAUUCCGUCUCUCACCUUUCAAUUCGAUCUGAGUAACAAGGAGGAAAAUCACGUGCAAAGUAAGAUCAUCUGUCCGAAGAAUUUCAAGAAUUACACGGCGUUUGGGAAUUUGUUGCAAGCCACGAUUGAAACGAACGAUUUUCGUGAAGUUUUGGAAAAAAUUAUGUCGUUCGGGCCUAGCGCCAUCGACUUUGAAAUUAAAUCUUUGGACGGUGCUAGUGGUGGUUCGGUAGACAUUAUGUUGCAGUUCUUGAAGUUUAUAGAUUGGAUGUUUUGUACAAAGAAGAAUUACGAAAUUGCUUCCAGUUAUUAUGCUGUGUUCUUAAAGAGUCAUACAGAGUUGAUUGCCAACGAUGAUAGAUUAAGGGAAUAUUUCCAUAUUGUGGAAAAGAGACAAUCUGAGUAUUGGGAGAAGAUGGAGGAGUAUAUGAUGUAUACGUUAUCUGCUAUUGAGUUUUUAAAAACGAUGUAAAAUAUAUUUUUUGAAACAA